AUGGCAACAGACGCAGAGUUCGUGAUUCAGAAGCCCCUGGAGCAGCUGGGCUGGAGGCUCACUGUCCCCCCCAGGCAUGGCCCAGGCUCAGACAGAGGACCCAAAGGACGCGCCCAGGGCGCAGCAUUGCUGGAAGCUCAUCAGGAACCUCGAGGCCGCUAUUCAACAAUUCCAGAACCUACCCAGCAUGAGCGCAGAUAUGUUCUUUCAGAUGAUCUAAAAAUUGGCUUUUUCACCAGUGACCAUGCUACCCAAACAGAUACCAGUGAGAUUUUGCCAAUAAAAGAGUUAAGCUCAUCUACACAAAACUUAGUGCAGGUUAUUACAUCCCUUCAGGUGGAUUUUAGGUUCCUUAAAGAAUUGGUGCAGUUGAAGUUUGAGGAGCGACUUAAAGAGGAGUCUUCUAAUAUCUUCAUUGCUCUGUAUGACAGGAUCUUAGAGAUGGAGAAGCACUGUCACCAGAAUGAGGAGAAGAUUAGAAAAAGCUUUCAGCAGCAGUUAGCUGAUGCCAUUGCUAUCAUCAAAGGAAUGUACCAGCAAUUCUUUGAUGUAGAGGAAGAGAAAACUGCUUUGCAAGAUGCAGAAAAUGUCAAAUUGGGUGUUUUGUCAAGAAAACUGAAAGAGAAAGAAGAAAUCAUUGAGGAAUUAAGAGAUGAACUAGAACAAUGUGAAAGAUUUCAAAAAUUUGACUCCUUUUCCGAGGCCAGCUCUUCCAAAGCAAACUUAGAAAGAGAAAGCUGGGAGUACAGAACGGAAAAUGAGAGACUGCUCAAAGUCAUUUCAGAUCUUGAAGAAGAAAUCAAAGUCAGUUUAAAAGAGAAUUCAAUAUUAGAAGAUGAACUUAUAAGUCUGAAAGAGACUUCAGAACAGAAUCAGAGAACUAUUCAAAAGUUAAUGAACAGUAGAGACAGAUUAAAAUACGAGCUUGAUUGUGAAAAAGUAUUAGUGCAAGAAAUGUCGAUUCCUCUUCCUCCUGGUUUUCUGGAUAAUCAAGCUGUUUCUUCUUUCAGCAAGGACACUUCACGUUUCUCUCCUGUCAGCGCCAAGCCUAAGCUUGAGACCUCCAGCAUUGACACAGACACCACCAGCAAGAGCGACCAAAAAAAGGACCUUUUGGAUAAAGGACCCAAAUUGAAGAAGAUGAAGUCUAGACCUAAAACACCUACUGCAGUGUGUGAAGAAAAGGAGGUAGAAGCAUCAUUCUCUAAGGAUGAAGACAGAGAAGCUUUGAAAGCACAAAUAGAAAUAUUAAAGGCUGAUUUAGAGAACAUGAAACACAAGUUUGAAAGAUUUAGAAAGGAAUCAGAAAGAAUAAGCAAAAACUGGGAGAAGAAAUUCAUUAUUCUGAGGAGCAGCUUUCAUGCACUUAAGAAUGAGAUGUUUACUAGGCACACACUAUUUCGUCAGUUUGCAAUACUUGCUGAUACAUCCUUCAAUUAUACUAAAGCAAAACCUUUAUACAUACAGCCUAAAACGAACUCAUUGGACUUCACAUCCUCUCCAAUUGAUCACUUUUCUUCACUGGACAAGAAGUCUGCAAAUGUAACGAAUGAUCAAGCAUCUUCGUCACAAAUUCCAGCCUUUAGGCAGCCUUUGAAGUUACCCUUAAUGAAGAUCAGCUCCAGGGAUGAUGCAACCCCAUCUAAUGAAUCAGCACAAAAUGGGAGCCAGACAUCCUGGCCUGAGUAAGGUCUGCGUCCCUGGCAGGGACAUACUCUCUCCAAGGCUCUGCUGCAGGGAAUGUACUCUGCAAGUGCACCGUGCACCGCACUCUACACCCAGAUGUGCGCCUUUGCUGGCACCUUUCUAAUCACUUAGGAAACUGCUUACCGGUACUGGGUGACUGGUGAGCUGGGUAACCGACCAGACACACAGAUCCUGAGGGAAGCUCCCAGGCUCUGGGGUGUACCCCAUCACCCAAGGGUGGGAAAGACUGGACUUCCAUUAAAAAGUUUA